AUGGCUUCUCUCUUUUUCUCCGCUCCGGUCGACAUCGAUGUCGUUCUUGAGGAUCUCGAUGAGCGCCAGACGGUCGAUGUCAAGCUGGACAAGGGCCGUCGCGAGCGGGUCCCUCUGUACAUGGACGGAGAGUCCGUGAAAGGCGCCGUGACAAUUCGACCCAAGGAUGGCAAACGAUUGGAACACACCGGUAUCAAGGUGCAGUUUAUUGGCACAAUUGAGAUGUUCUACGACCGAGGCAACCAUUAUGAAUUCCUUUCCCUCGUUCAAGAGCUGGCUGCCCCUGGCGAGCUCUUACACCCGCAGAGCUUCCCUUUCAACUUCAAGAACGUGGAGAAGCAGUACGAGUCCUACAAUGGCAUCAACGUUAAGCUGCGCUACUUUGUGAAGGUGACCGUCUCACGCCGCAUGGCAGACGUCGUCCGGGAGAAGGAUCUAUGGGUGUACUCCUACCGCAUGCCGCCCGAGAAUAACAGCCCCAUCAAAAUGGACGUGGGUAUUGAGGACUGCCUUCACAUUGAGUUUGAGUACUCCAAAUCCAAGUACCAUCUCAAGGAUGUGAUUGUGGGCCGUAUCUAUUUCCUGCUGGUGCGGCUGAAGAUCAAGCACAUGGAGCUGUCAAUCAUCCGCCGGGAGACGACCGGGUCUCCACCGAACCAAUACAAUGAGAGUGAGACGUUGGUGCGCUUCGAGAUUAUGGACGGUUCGCCAUCGAGAGGUGAAACCAUUCCAAUCCGUCUAUUCCUGGGCGGAUUCGACCUGACCCCGACCUUCCGUGAUGUGAACAAGAAAUACUCGACGAGAUACUAUCUCAGCCUGGUGCUGAUUGACGAAGGUAUGAAUGAUUCCUUACUAUAUCAUCAAUUACCGACGGCAAAUGAAAUUACCCUAAAUGCCGGAGUCCGACUCGGCCCGGGGCUGAAUGCUCGUCGCUAUUUCAAGCAGUCCGAAAUUGUGCUCUACCGCCAAGCCCCCGAGAUUGCCCCGAACGCCCAGAUCGCACAGCAACAGCAGAUCCAGCAACAGAUGCUCCUCGAGCAACAGCGCCAACAGCCCGCCCUUCCUCCAGGCUCUGCUACCGCUGGACCUGGAAGGGAAUCGGCACCCCUUCGCCAGGAACCCCAGCCUGUCCCUACGCCCGCUGCAUAG